AUGGCCGAUACACUUGUCCAACAAGCCCCUGGAGCUGAGCCAGUUCAAGCCUCACAAGAGCCUCAAAACACAUCUUCAAGCAAUGCCAAGUCGGACGUCAGUCCCCAAGCUUAUGAUGCUUAUGCUCCACCCACUGGAAUAGGCUUCACGGCCACUUCUGCACUUCCACCGCGAAUGCAGACUGAGGCAGGCUUCUACAAGUCCUUUAUCGUUGAAGUUGUCAUGAAUGGAGUUUAUGACAAAGCUUCAAACUCAAACGGCAUCAAGAAGCCGAACUGGCCUCGGGGCAACUUUGAAUUCCUGCAUUCACCCGCCAGGCAGGUUCUGGGAACCUUCGCCAGUACUUCAGUAUUUUACAAUGAUACUGAAGAUACCAGUGGCGAGGUAGCAAUUGACUCCCCAAGCCCCUUUGUCCACAAUGACGGGCAAAGCACUUAUAGGUGGUACACGGAAACAGACCAAAACGUAUAUCUGGCGUUCAACAUCAAGUCCCAUAAAUAUAUCUUUAUCGAUCCGACACUCCCUAUCAGAGCACUCUACUUCCCUCAGAUCUUCCAGGAUCCCAACUAUCCUGGAUUCAGCAGACUUGGGACCGUACAGUUUCACAAGUUUUCUGAACAAGGCUUGACUCUCAAGAACUACUGGGAUAAUGACCCCAUUCACUGCGACAUUACAAACAGCCGCGGUCUUGGGUACUCUGGAGCUGCUCUUUGCUUGAACGUCCAAGCACUCAUGGCAUCACUGUGCAUUCCAGACGACAGAGUCGCCCGCCGUGCCGAUGGUACGCAUAUCUGCUUUGACUCUAUUUGGUUACUUCGAGAAGGAGCCUCGCUCAACGCGGAAGACCACUCCCUGUGCCAGUGGGAUUCGGGAGACUUUCACAGAAAGGGUAACGAUUGGACGUCGAUAAAUGAAGGAAUUCGCUUCGUCUAUGCGCCCCUCGACAAAUCUGCAUGGUCAGGUAUUGUCAAGCAGAUCGUCGGAGCAGGACUGGGUCUCAUCCCCAUCAUGGGUCCUCUUCUGGCACUUAACUGGGACAUCAUGUACUCAUACUUGGAGGACCCGGCAGGGUUUGCCGACUAUGCCAACAUCGGGAAAGAUUGGUUAGCUAUUUUGAAGCUACAGGCAGCUGAGCUCAAAAAAUCAAUCAAGUAG